AUGGGGUCCACUGCUUCCAGAGGUGUGGGCAGGUCCAAAUUCUCUCAGCUCUGGGGCCGGCAUGCGGCCACAGAUGAGUUCUGGGACCCAGACGAGGAUGGUUUUGACUACCUCCAAAGUCUUGCAGGUGCAUGCACCGUGCCGGAGCUGAUCAAAGCACUCAGAGACCCAGACACGGAUGUGCGCUGGAGAGCUGCAAGAGCUUUGGGUCGCAAGAAGUUAUCGUCAGCAGCUAUAGCUUUGCCGCAGCUAAUUCUGGCGCUCAAGGACGAAAACUGGCAGGUACAGGAGAGCGCCGCAGAGACCCUGGGCCUGAUGGGUCUUGCGGCUGCUCAGGCUGUGCCGCAGCUGAGCAUGGCUCUCCAAGACAGAGUAGAAGAUGUGCGGCGGACGGCCUUGCAGGCCUUGGGCAGAAUGGGUCCUGAAGCAGCCGGUGCCGUACCACACUUGAUAGAAGCGCUUGACGACCAACAAUGGCAAGUGCGCAAGGACACAGCGCAAAUCUUGGGCAGGAUGGAUGCCUUGGGCAGAGUGGGUCCUGCAGCAGCAACAGCCGUACCGCAGCUGAUCGAAGCUCUCAUGGACAUAGACGACGCUUCUGUGCACACAUCUGCCAUAAAAGCCCUGGGCAUGAUGGGUCCUGCGGCAGCUGGAGCUGUGCCGCAGCUAAUAGAAGCACUCAGAGACAAAAGACAAAUUGUCCGUGAAAGGGCAGUGAAGGCCUUGUACUACAUGGGUCCCGCGGGAGCUGAAGCCGUACCGCAGCUGAUCGAAGCACUCUCAGAUCAUGACUUGCUGGUGUGGUUGAGUGCUGCAGAAACCUUGUGCAAGAUGGGGCAUCUUGCUGCUGCUGCUGAAGCUUUGUCGCAACUGAUCAAAGCCCUCAAAGACGAAGAUAGGUUUGUUCGCACAGCUGCAGCAAGAACUUUGGGCCGCAUUGGUCCCGUAGCAGCCAGAGCUGUGCCGCAGCUAGUGGAAGCGCUCAAAGACAAGUAUGAGCAGGUGCGGCAGUGUGCAGCCGAUGCCUUGGCUAAAAUGGGGCCGGCAGCGUCUGAGGCUUUGCCUCAGCUGAUCGAAGCACUCAACGACACAGAAUGGACUGUGCGCUCGUGCGUUGCAGAGGCUCUGCAUAAAGUUGGUUAUAAAGCGGCCGAACCUCUGCCACAGCUCAUUAAGGCGCUCGGGGACGAAAAUGAGAAGGUGCGCCAGAGGGCCAUCGAGGCCUUGGGAAGCAUGGGUCCGGCAGCAGCUGAAGCAGUGCCUCAGCUGAUAGAAACGCUUGAUGACCAACGAUAG